CACCUGUGGGCUCAUUGAAAUGAAUGAGAAGGGGCCGGUUCCGGCUGGGGUACGGGAGAGCCCGGUUUUCCUGUCCCCAGCCGGAUCUGGCAGCCGUAGAUGUGAAUGUACCCUUACAACGGACUCUGUAUUGACAAGUUCCUGAUAUAUGCUGGUCCCUACCCUCUUACGGGUUUCACCUACCAUUAACCACUUCUCUUAUCUCUGACCUGUCACUUUGAUGGAUGAGGCGAGGCGCCACUUCAUUUCCCUUUUCCAAGUCCGUUUGAAACUGGUAAAACAUUCGAUAUUUCCAACCAGCCUCAUUUCCUGAUGGCGCAAAUCUCUGGCUUCCGAACAAUUGCCUUCUUUCCGUAAGCGCCGAAUAUGGAUUUCACUUACAAUUACUGGACAGCCGAUCCCUUUGGGCCUGUGGCUUUGUCUAUGACUUUGUGGCUGGAUAUUUUAUAAUUCUGGAAGGUAAAACUAUCUAGAGACCAGACAAGCCGGGCAGGAUCCCCCAAGACAGGAUGGUGACCAUCUACCACCUCCUUCUAUGCGCCAUCAUCAUCUUCUUCGCAAUUGAAGACGGCGCUUGUGCCAAAAAUGUCAAUUUCCAUAAUGUGAGGCCUCCCAUAGACCCUACACCGUACCCCAACAGCUUCAAGUGCUUUACGUGCGAUAAAUCGACUGACAACUAUAACUGCAACCGCUGGGCCGAGGACAAGUGGUGUCCAUCCAAUACACAUUACUGUAAGACCGUCCACCACUUCACCAGCCACGGGAAAAGUAAAUCCGUCACCAAGAAAUGUGCGACCAUAGAGGAAUGUCACCAUGUGGGAUGUCGUCAUCAUCGGGACUCUGGUCAUAUGGAGUGCGUAUCUUGUUGCGACGGAAUGAUCUGCAACGUAGACGUACCCACCAACCACACGAACGCCGUAUUGAACCUCAUGAGAUCGCAUCGCAAGUCGGGCGCCUACAGGGCGACAGCUUUCUUGCCAGCAGUGGCAGCCGCCAUAUUCAUUCUGGUCGUCCUCUAGCGUAAUGGAGCUUUACACUGUGGGAAAGUAGUCAGUGACUCCUCACGAAAAAAACCUGCAAGAACUCCCGGAGAAUCGGGGGUCGUCGGAAGCCGAUAAAGAGGGUAAAGUCGACAGAACGCUGGUGAAUAAAUUGGGCGCUAAAACUUUUGACGUUUAACGACCUCUAACCGACCUUCUAAAUGCACCAUCUUAGGAAUAGUCGAUAUUUCCAUGAUUCAAUGGGAAUGUGAUAACCCUCGGGAUAUCUCCGAGAUACGGACAAUCAGCCAUGUUAUUGUGGCUUUUAUGCAAUGACUUGUUACGCACCGCGACAUUUCAAGUGUGAACAUAGACGGACGGGACCGGCCUGUGGUACUGGAAUGGGAGCUGGUUGAAAAAUGUUAACAUUUUUGUAGAUUUUGUAAAAUUUUCUUGACAUUCUUAUUUUUUUUUAUAUAUUUUUUUAUUAUUAUUACGAUAUUUUUUUUAUUGUAUUUAUUGUAAUGGCCAUGAUGCUCUUCUUCCAUUUCCUACAGCAGUGUUUCCCAACCGGUGUG